CUUUUUCAUUCAACUACAAGUAAUUACUGAUAUAAUUUUACUUAAAACAAGUUAAUCGUUUUCGAACGGUGGUUCAUUUGAAAAUCAGAGUAUCUUGCCUUUGGGAAAUUGUGGUCAAAAUGAUCUCAGAAUAUUUUUCUGCUUAUGAAGAUCUUAAUAUCCACAAGCUCAUGCUUACAGACACCGUUAGGGUAAAAUCAUACAAAGAUGCUAUACUCUCUAAUAAGGAACUUUUCAAGGACAGCAUUGUGUUAGAUGUUGGCGCAGGAUGCGGUAUUUUAUCAAUAUUUGCUGCUCAAGCAGGAGCCAAGAGAGUAUAUGCUGUGGAAGCUGCUGGUUCUUUAACACCAAUGAUCAAGAAAGUUGUUGAAGACAAUAAUUAUACAAAAGUGGUUCAAGUUAUUGUGGGAGAAAUGGAAAGUGUUAUUAUCCCUGAAAAAGUCGACAUAAUCAUAUCUGAAUGGAUGGGAUUUUUCUUACUGCAUGAGGGUAUGCUUGAUAGUGUUCUGUUUGCUAAGAAAUAUCUAAAACCAAAUGGGAUAAUGUUUCCUGAAGAGUGCAGUAUAUUUGUUUCAAUAUGUGAAUUGCCACAUUAUUUUGAUGAAUGGAAUGAUCUGCACGGUGUCAAAAUGGAUGAAUUUGGUAAAGCAAUUCGAUUAAUUGCUCAAGGGAAACCUGAAAUUGGUUAUGUUAGUAAGGACUACCUGCUUUCUGAUCCAUUGGAAAUCUUUCGUUUCAAGCCAUUGGAAUCAGAUCAAAGUAAAUUUCGUAAGAUCACUGCAAAGCAUGUCGUGUCAGCUAAACGUCCAGGAAAAUUUCAAGGUGUUUGCAUCUGGUUUGACGUGAAAUUUCCAAUUCCAACAGGGAAUGUAGUUCUAUCUACUUCUCCGUAUGGACCCGAGACCCACUGGAAGCAAACAAUUGUUGUGUUACCUCAUGAAAUACUUUUGGAAGAUCAUGAACCAGUAGCAUUCGAAUUAACGUUUUUUAGAAUGCAACGUAGAAAUUACCAGAUAACGUUCGAACUGCAUGAAACUGAUGGAAUUGAACAUCCCACUCCUUGUGACUGUCACUUAGCAAGAUGUCGAGUUAUAAAAGCAUUCUUGGCUGAACGUCCAGAUGAUCCAGCAUAGCGCUUACAUGUUUUAAAUUGAAAUAUGGUAAUGUUCUAGCUGUCAUGGGUUUUGUUAUAAGUGAAAGGCUUGAAGAAGUUGCAAACUUGUGAAAAGGAGAUAGAGAUACUCCGAGAAGGAGAUUGAGAGUUUAAUUAAGAAAGUUCACAAUGUUGUUUUGAUUCAAUGUAAUGGUUAUUAAAAACAUAACAUUAAAUUUGUGUUCACAUAAAUUUAGUGUCAGAGGAUAGAACAAUUAAAUUAGAAAAUUAUAAUAUUCUAUAUAAUACAAUUUUAAAGGUGAUAUUAAAAGCUAAAGCAGUAUCUAAAAGAUAGUUAUUACUUACCAACAAGUGAUAACUAUCUUUUUGAUACUAAAAUACACCAAGUAUUUUUUUCUUCUAAUGAUUCUAGUUUACUUUCCUCUGACACUGAUUCCCUCAAUUAAUAUCUUUUAAAGUUGAUGUUGAGCACACUUAAUCUUUUGGAUUUUUAUUGAAGCUUCGAGUUUAAAUUCUAUUCUAUUCUUUUCUUAAGGAUUUAAUCUUUAUAUAUUUUAAUUAUUUGACCAUUACAAUUUUUUAUAGUUUAUUGUUCGUUGGUUUUUAUGUGUUCUGUGUUUUGUUUCAACAAUUUUUAAUUGUUAAUAAAAAUUUAAAAUUGUUUUAUUCCUACAAUCUUUAUUGUUUUAUCGUAAGACACCUUAAAUAA